CUUGACUUGGUAUACUCUACAGAUUGCAAAAGAAAUGGUUAUCAUAGGCAAAGCCGUAGCUGUAUUUACUCACAGCUCCAUAUUUCAUCGCAAUGGCUUUGGAGACCUCUUUUCCUCCUUCAAUUUCAGAUUUCAGUAUCUCUACUCAUCAACCGCAGCUCCUGCCCCAACCCAUUUCUUGGUGAAAUACCUUGUCGAUUCUCUCGGAUUCUCCAAUGAAGAAGCUGCAUCUACAUCCUCCAGGGUAACUUCACGUAAAAACUUAAAGAAUCCUGAUUUAGUCAUCAAUUUCUUGAAACAAACUGGUUUCGACAACACCCAGAUGAAAACAAUGGUUUCUAGGGUUCCCAAAUUACUAUUCCGUGAUGUUUCCAAAACCCUAAAACCCAAAUUUCAGUGCCUUAUGGAUCUGGGAUUAUCCGGGUCGGACCUGGUGGAUGUAAUUGCUAAAGAUUCACAAAUUGUUGAUAGAGGUUUAGAUACUCAUUUGAGACCUACCAUUGAUCUCCUGAGGAGGAUUUUGGGUAGUAAUGAAAAUGUAGUUAAGGCGUUAAGGAGAUUUCCUUGGUUGCUUUCUUUUCGUGCUCAUCAUAUUAUUGAGUCUAAUAUGUUGUUAUUGAAAAACUAUGGUGUUCCUGAUGAGAGAAUUAAAAAACUCAUGCUUAGAAAUCCCAGUUAUUUUGCUCAAAAUCCAGAGAGGAUUAAAAGUUUGUUGCAUAGGAUGGAGAACGAUUUUCGAGUUCCACGGGAUUCCUCUAGUUUUCUUUAUGGAUGUCAAGUGUUAAACUCAUUAAACAAGUCUAAGUUGGAAAAGAAAUUUGGAAUCUUUAGGAGUUUUGGAUGGUCUGAUGAUGAUAUACUCAAGAUGUUCAGGAAGCUACCUUUUUGUGUUGGCCUCUCGGAAGUUAGAAUUCAUAAAGCACUGAAUCUUUUCAUGAAGGAACUUGGUAUUGGAACUGCUUACUUGGUUUCUCAUCCUGCAAUAUUGGUCUUCAGUAUGGAAAAAAGGGUGGUACCUCGGAUGCAAGUAUUGGAAAUUUUGGACGAAAAGAAGGUUGAGAGGAGAAAGUUGGAUCUCUAUUAUGCUCUGAGCUUAAAUGAGACAAGGUUCAUAGAUUAUUUUGUGCAGCCCUACAAGGAUCAGAUGCCUGAUUUGUAUGAACAGCUCAAGAAAAUUGUGGCUCCGUAAUAGAUUUUGUUUAUUUUUGACACCAAAAGUUGCUGAGAUCUUUCUCAGGCUAUAUGCGAAAAUCAAUCUUGCAAUUUGAAGCUGAUUGGAUUCUACAGAUCUUGUUGAUAACUAAUUCCGUUUGGCAGUUACCGUUACCAUCAGGUUUGUUCCAUAAGACAUGAGUGAGUCAAAUACUUCUGCGACAACAUUGGUUUAUCUGAUGUAAGGUCCUGAUGUUCUUCUAUUCUCUCUGAGUUUGAUCCUAUAAAAUUUUGCAUUGAGUUAUUUGCUAAA